AUGGCUGUGCAUCAGGAAGACGUGGAAGACCCCAAAACUGCCACUGUGGUGCAGGAAAAGGAUGACGAGAAAAAUGUCGUCCUCGAUGCUGGCGCCGUACUCAAAGGCGCCCAGCAGGCUACAGAUGCCGAGCAUAAGAUGGGCCUGGUGGAAGGUAUCCGCAAAUACCCCAAGGCUUGUUUCUGGUCUUUCCUCUUUUCUGCCGCCCUCAUCAUGGAGGGUUUCGAUAAGGCAUUUGUGACUGCCUUCUUCGCCUUCCCAGAAUUCCAAAAGCGGUACGGCGAACUACAGCCGACAGGCGACUAUCAGAUCCCGGCAAGCAUCCAGGCGGGUAUUGGCAAUGGCGUUUCCGCCGGUCAGAUCAUCGGGCUCCUCAUUAACGGUAUCCUUGCUGAUAAGUUCGGGUACCGAUGGGUCAUGUUGGGCUGCCUGUUCCUGAUGGUAUGCUUUAUCUUCAUUCAGUUCUUUGCCACCAGCAUAUACAUGUACCUCGGGGCCGGCAUCCUUCUCGGGGUGCCCUGGGGUGUGUUUCAGACAUUGACCACUACAUACGCCGCCGAGGUUACGCCCAACGUCCUCCGACCAUACCUUACAUCACUGGUUUCUCUCUGCUGGUCCGUCGGCUAUCUUAUCGGCACUGCCACACUACGAGGCUUCCUUUCUAUGAAGGGUGAAUGGGCAUUCCGCAUUCCCUUCGCUAUUCAGUGGGCACUCCCGAUCCCUCUCGCGAUUGGCAUCUUCUUGGCUCCCGAAUCGCCAUGGUGGCUUGCCCGAAAGGGUCGUACCGAUCAAGCGGUCAAGGCUCUGCGAAGGCUUCGGUCUAAGGAUGCCACAGCAGAUGAGAUUACUAACACGCUCUCCAUGAUUGAAUAUACUAUCAACAUCGAGAAGGAUAUCAACUCAAAGAAUAGCUCGUACUGGGAGCUCUUCCAGGGUAUAAACCUCCGACGAACCGAGGUAACUGUUUUGCUCUAUGUUCUCCAAGAGAUAUGCGCACCAUUGGUGUCGUAUGUCGUGUACUUCUUGCAGCAAGCCGGCGUUCCCACCACGGCCUCGUUUAAUUUCGGAAUGGGUCAAUACGCAUUGGCUAUUGUCGGCGUCUUCAUCGCCUGGUAUCUUACUCCACGCGUAGGUCGACGAACGCUUAUCCUUUGGGGCAACUGUUUCAUGGCAUCCACCACCAUCUUGAUUGGUUUCUUGGGCAUCCCAAAUACCACCACACAUACCAAUUUUGCAUACGCUAUUGGAAGCAUCCUCUUGAUUGAGUACUUCAUCUUCUUCAUCACCCUCGGCCCCAUCAUCUACACCAUUGUGACGGAGAUCCCCUCUAGUGCACUCCGCACAAAGAGUGUGGUGAUUGCGAGGGCCACCUACAAUGUCUUUGUGUUGGUUGCCGGUCAAUUGGUACCGCGUAUGGUCCAGAGGGCUGCAUGGAAUUGGGGCGCCAAAUCCGGUUUCUUCUAUGGUGGUCUUAUGGCGUUCUGGAUGGUGUGGGUUUUCUUCCGCCUUCCAGAGACAAAGGAUCGUACCUUUGCCGAGAUUGACAUUCUAUUCAAGAAUAAGGUCAAGGCCCGAGACUUCAAAAAGACUCGCGUGGACCUUGCCUCGCAGACUGUUUCUCAGGAAUGA